CUCGCGAAAAGCUGCGUGGUGGGCCACGGGAAGGAUUAUAUACAUAAAGGACAGUUUUUUUGUUCCUUUCCUGUGGCUCUCAUUAUUUAAGUGGUGAGAGUAUGAUGGGGAGCAAUGACUGGAGGCAAGUCAUAACCCAGUUCUGAGAUCAUCUUAACUUUGGGAAGUAUUAUCUCUUUUCAGAUAGAGUGGACCUAUAUGAUUCCUUUAUUCCUGGGGUUGGUUGUCUUAUCAUGGCUGAAAAUGACACAGAUAGACUCCAAAUUGAGAAACUCCUGAAGAGAGUACAAGAACUGGAAGAGGAGGUACAAAGACUUAAAAAAGAACAGGCCAACAACAAAGACUCAAACGCGAGAGAAAAUUCUUUAGGAGCCAGAAAAGCUAAGCGUGCAUUUGAUUUCAGUGCUCAUGGCCGAAGACAUGUAGCCCUAAAGAUAGCCUAUCUGGGCUGGGGAUACCAGGGCUUUGCCAGUCAGGAAAACACAAACAAUACAAUCGAAGAGAAACUGUUUGAUGCUCUAACCAAGACUCGACUAGUAGAAAGCAGACAGACCUCCAACUACCACCGGUGUGGGCGAACAGACAAAGGAGUUAGUGCCUUUGGACAGGUGAUUUCUCUUGACCUCCGUUCUCACUUUCUGGAGGGCAGCACUUCGGAGGAUUCUAAUUUAAAGAAUGAAGUCAACGAUGUUGCUAAAGAGAUUCGCUAUACCCACAUUCUCAAUCGGGUGCUCCCUCCAGACAUCCGUGUACUGGCCUGGGCUCCUGUGGAACCUAGCUUCAGUGCUAGGUUCAGCUGUCUGGAGCGGACUUACCGCUAUUUUUUCCCUCUUGCUGAUUUAGACAUUGUAACCAUGAACUACGCAGCUCAGAAGUAUGUUGGCACACAUGAUUUUAGGAACUUAUGUAAAAUGGAUGUAGCCAAUGGAGUGAUUAAUUUUCAGAGGACUGUUCUAUUUGCUCAAGUAGAGCUAGUGGGCCAGAGCCUGGAUAAAGAGCAAUGGCAAGAACCUUUCCAGUUAUGUCAGUUUGAAGUGGUUGGCCAGGCAUUCCUUUACCAUCAAGUCCGCUGUAUGAUGGCUAUUCUUUUUCUGAUUGGCCAAGGAAUGGAGAAGCCAGAGAUUAUUGAUGAACUGCUGAACAUAGAGAAAAACCCCCAGAAACCUCAGUACAGUAUGGCCGUAGAAUUUCCUCUAGUCUUGUAUGACUGUAAGUUUGAAAAUGUCAAGUGGAUUUAUGACCGGGAGGUUCAGGAGUUCAAUGUCACUCAUCUACAACAACUAUGGGCUAAUCAUGCUGUUAAAACUCACAUGUUGUAUAGCAUGCUACAAGGACUGGACUCUGUUGCAGUGCCCUGUGGGACAGGACCAAAGAUGGAUGGAGUAACAGAAUGGAGAAAUGUUAAGCCUUCUGUCAUAAAGCAGACCAGUGCCUUUGUAGAAGGAGUGAAAAUGCGCACAUACAAACCCCUAAUGGAUCGUCCUAAAUGCGAAGGAUUAGAAUCCCGGAUCCAGCAUUUUGUACGUAGAGGACGCAUCGAGCACCCACUUUCGUUCCAUGAGGAAGGGUCAAAAACCAAAAGGGACUGUAAUGAUACAAUGGAGGAAGAAAAUACUCUUUUGGAGAAACCAACAAAGAGAGUCUGUGUUGAUACAGAAAUUAGAAGCAUCAGUUAACCAUAACAGGAUCUAGAAGGGAACCAACUAGCUAGUGGUAGGGGUAUAGAAAAGAAAUUUAAGAUAAUAUGUACUUCAAGAAAUCCUAAAAUUCAGAUGAUCAGUUCUUAAAAAAGAAAAAAAAAAACCCAAAAAACCAAAAGUCCCCCCAAAACCCAAAGACCAUUAAGCCCUAUAAAGGAAGUUCCAGCUUAAAUAAGAGUUCAGAUGUUCUCAUUCCUCCCCAAAAGGAUUAAGAGAUGGAAGAAGCAAAAAGCAAUUGUGAAACGGAGAGUUGUUUACAUAUACAUGUGCCUUGUGUUCAAAUUAAAUUAAAGCCUGAUCCUGCAAGUGUCUAA